GAGUAGUUCAGCCCCCAGAUUUUCAGGAGCAGGCAGGCAAGUCCUCAUGGAGCUGGGCGCUUCCUUUUUCUACUGCUUCUGCCUCUCUUCUGCAUCCCUCCUCGGACGGUGAGUGAAGGUGUGUGGCUGGGUGGCUCCCAGCUGGAGAAUGGGAAAGACCCAGCAAUAGUAAUCCUCCCUGAGCCCUUCCUGGAGGAGAGGACCCCAGGUGUCUCCCUAAAUUCCUGGGGAGAAAGAGCUGAGGAAAAGGAGCGCAGCAGCGGCAGGGAAACCUGUCUUUACCCCCACUUCGCCUCUACUGUAAAUAAACCCCGAGCCAAAGGGCUCAUCCGUCUCCUUAAACAGCCAGUAAACUUUAUAUGACACAAUAUCUAAUAGUAAUUUAUUGGGGAGAUAUUGUAAAUUCCAACGGUUUUAGUUAAUAAAGGAGCUAAUUAAAGAGGAACGGGCUGUGUUCGGCCAGCUGUUGGUGAGAAGAUAAUACAUGGGGGGGGGGUAGUGUAGGGUGCAGAAGCGUGUAUGUGCGGGUAUUUUUGGUGUGGCUUUUUUCCUCUUGCCCCGUGUCGGGCGAUUGCCUCGAUCUCUGCGUUAGGUUUUAUAUGAUUUUUUAAAAACCAGAAGCCAGCGAAUAAAUCUGCCCCCGUGGUUCGUUCCCUCCCCCCCCCAUUGGGGAAGGGGGAAGUUGGAGUUGGUGCGGGGUGGGGGGAUUCUCUGUCCCCACCCAUCCCCCUGGCGGCGGCGCCCACGUGAGCUGGACGGCCAAUGGGUGGCCGGUGCAGGUUUAACUAUGUUUAAUGUCAGAUAGCAAUAAAGUAGAAGCUGCCGGUCGGGCCCCGCGGAAAUGGGCGAGCAUAAUCUCCUGAAUCCCGGGUUUGUGGGGCCGCUGGUGAACAUCCACACGGGAGACACCUUCUACUUCCCCAACUUCCGCGCGUCCGGGGCGCAGCUGCCCGGGCUGCCUUCGCUGUCCUACCCGCGCCGCGACAACGUGUGCUCGCUGCCCUGGCCGUCGGCGGAACCGUGCAAUGGCUACCCGCAGCCCUAUCUCGGCAGCCCGGUGUCGCUCAACCCGCCCUUCGGCCGCACGUGCGAGCUGGCGCGCGUGGAGGACAGCAAGGGUUAUUACCGCGAGCCGUGCGCCGAGGGCGGCGGCGGGGGCCUGAAGCGUGAGGAGCGCGGGCGCGACCCCGGCCCAGGAGUCGGGCCCGGGGCAGCGCUGCUGCAGCUGGAGCCGUCGGGGCCGCCUGCGCUCGGUUUCAAGUACGACUACGCGGCGGGCGGCGGCGGUGGCGACGGUGGCGCGGGACCCCCGCACGACCCGCCCUCGUGCCAGUCGCUGGAAUCCGACUCCAGUUCGUCCCUGCUUAACGAGGGCAACAAGGGCGCCGGCGCGGGCGACCCCGGCAGCUUGGUAUCGCCUUUAAACCCCGGCGGCGGCCUCGCGGCCAGCGGCGCGCCCUGGUACCCGAUCCACAGCCGCUCACGGAAGAAGCGCAAACCCUAUUCGAAGUUGCAGCUGGCGGAGCUGGAGGGCGAGUUUCUGGUGAACGAGUUCAUCACAAGGCAGCGCCGGAGGGAACUCUCAGACCGCUUGAAUCUUAGUGACCAGCAGGUCAAGAUCUGGUUUCAGAACCGCAGAAUGAAAAAGAAAAGACUUCUGUUGAGGGAGCAAGCUCUCUCCUUCUUUUAGGGGGCAAGACACGGGCACCAGCCCCAGACUGAGCCUGUCUCUGGCAGAGAGCAAGAGGGGGCACUGCCUGGGACACAGUCCCCGCUUAGAACGCCAGGCGUCUCUGGCAGGUCCUCCUGGGACUUCCUCUUGUCUGUUUUGUUCGUGGUUCCCUCCCACACACCCCCAGCAGACCCUGCCACGUCCCAGAGAGAAGGGAAGAACCCAGCCAGGGAGAGAGGAAGCCCACA